UGUUACUAAACCACGCACAGUACAUGAAUUUCACUUCCUGGUCCAUGGUUUCUGAUCUGUUUCCAGGUAACAUAUCCACAUAUCAGCCAGCUGCAAGGAAGAGGAAAAACAGGGCCAUUCUUCUUUAGGAUCCUUCUUGGAAGUUGUACCCAUUACAACUACAUCCAAUUGGACAGAACUUUUUCACAUCACCACAUCCGGCUAAAAUGUCUUUAUUUUGGGCUGCUCUGUUCCAGCUAAAAAUCAAGAGUUCCAAUACUAUGGAAGAAAGCAGAAUUGAUAUCUGGGGACACACAGCAGUAUUUCCCACAGUUUAUAAUCCCACUGAUUGCCUUCAUGUGACAGUUCCUACUCUUUUCUGUUUUUUGCAUGUUUUCUACUGAGAGGUAACACCGUCCUCCUUUUCGUUUGUUUUCCACAGGGGACGUUCUGAUGAUAAAAAUUGUUUCCUUUUUCUCCCUCUUCUUUCUCUAAGUAAACUUGUCACUUGGCCUGCCAGUUUUCACCUAUGUUGGUGCGUUCAUUCCUUCCACAGGUGAUGGCUGUACCACCUGGCCCUCUGCAGCUGCUGGGAGUGCUGCUUACCAUUUCCCUGGGCUCCAUCAGGCUCAUUCAGGCUGGCGCUUACUAUGGGAUCAAGCCGCUGCCACCACAAAUUCCUCCUCAGAUCCCACCACAAAUUCCACAAUACCAGCCUCUGGGCCAGCAAGUACCUCACAUACCUUUGGGCAAAGAUGGCCUUAACAUGGGCAAGGAGCUGCCCCACAUGCAGUAUGGCAAAGAGUAUCCACAUCUACCCCAAUAUAUGAAGGAAAUUCAGCCAGUGCCAAGAAUGGGCAAGGAAGCAGCACCUAAGAAAGGCAAAGUAGAAAUACCAUUAGCCAGCUUACGAGGGGAGCAAGGUCCCCGUGGAGAGCCUGGCCCAAGAGGACCACCUGGGCCCCCCGGCUUACCAGGUCAUGGGAUACCUGGAAUCAAAGGAAAACCAGGGCCACAGGGAUAUCCUGGAAUUGGAAAACCAGGUAUGCCUGGAAUGCCAGGAAAGCCAGGAGCCAUGGGAAUGCCUGGAGCAAAAGGUGAAAUUGGACCCAAAGGGGAGAUCGGGCCUAUGGGGAUCCCAGGGCCGCAAGGACCUCCAGGGCCUCACGGACUUCCUGGCAUUGGAAAACCAGGUGGUCCAGGGUUACCAGGGCAACCAGGUGCAAAGGGAGAGCGAGGACCAAAAGGACCACCAGGACCUCCAGGCCUUCAGGGUCCUAAAGGGGAGAAGGGCUUUGGGAUGCCAGGUUUGCCAGGCCUAAAGGGUCCUCCAGGGAUGCAUGGCCCUCCUGGCCCUGUUGGACUUCCAGGAGUGGGCAAACCCGGAGUAACAGGCUUCCCUGGGCCCCAAGGCCCCCUGGGAAAGCCAGGUCCUCCAGGGGAACCUGGGCCUCAGGGCCCUGUUGGGGUCCCAGGAGUUCAAGGACCUCCUGGGAUACCUGGAGUUGGGAAACCAGGCCAGGACGGGAUUCCUGGCCAGCCAGGAUUUCCAGGUGGCAAAGGGGAGCAAGGACUGCCAGGGCUGCCAGGACCCCCAGGCCUUCCAGGAAUUGGGAAACCAGGCUUCCCAGGACCCAAAGGUGACAAGGGCAUAGGGGGUCUUCCUGGGGCUUUAGGACCAAGAGGGGAGAAAGGGCCAGUAGGUGCCCCUGGAAUAGGGGGUCCCCCAGGAGAGCCAGGCCUGCCUGGAAUCCCAGGUCCUAUGGGUCCUCCAGGUGCUAUUGGUUUUCCCGGACCCAAAGGAGAAGGUGGGGUUGUAGGGCCACAGGGGCCACCAGGUCCCAAGGGUGAGCCAGGGCUUCAGGGCUUCCCAGGAAAGCCAGGUUUCCUUGGUGAAGUAGGGCCCCCUGGCAUGAGGGGUUUGCCAGGUCCCAUAGGGCCCAAGGGGGAAGCUGGUCAUAAAGGUUUACCAGGGCUCCCUGGUGCUCCAGGGCUGCUGGGACCAAAGGGAGAACCAGGAAUCCCAGGGGACCAGGGUUUACAGGGCCCUCCAGGCAUCCCAGGGAUCGCAGGCCCAAGUGGGCCCAUUGGACCACCUGGAAUGCCAGGCCCCAAAGGAGAACCCGGCAUCCCAGGGCCCCCUGGGUUCCCUGGAGUAGGGAAGCCUGGAGUAGCAGGACUUCAUGGGCCCCCGGGGAAGCCUGGUGCCCUUGGUCCUCAAGGCCAGCCGGGACUUCCAGGGCCCCCAGGCCCUCCAGGGCCCCCAGGGCCACCAGCUGUGAUGCCCCCUACACCACCACCACAUGGAGAGUAUCUGCCCGAUAUGGGGCUGGGAAUUGAUGGAGUGAAACCCCCCCAUGCCUAUGGGGCUAAGAAAGGCAAGAAUGGAGGGCCUGCCUACGAGAUGCCUGCCUUUACAGCUGAGCUGACUGCGCCUUUCCCACCUGUGGGGGCCCCAGUGAAGUUUGACAAACUGCUCUAUAAUGGCAGACAGAACUACAACCCCCAGACGGGCAUCUUCACCUGCGAGGUUCCCGGGGUCUACUACUUCGCCUACCACAUUCACUGCAAGGGGGGCAACGUGUGGGUUGCUCUGUUCAAGAACAACGAGCCCAUGAUGUACACAUAUGAUGAGUACAAAAAGGGCUUUCUGGACCAGGCAUCUGGGAGUGCAGUGCUACUGCUCAGGCCGGGAGACCGAGUGUUCCUCCAAAUGCCCUCAGAACAGGCUGCAGGACUGUAUGCUGGGCAGUAUGUCCAUUCCUCCUUUUCAGGAUAUUUAUUGUAUCCCAUGUAAAAAAAAAAAAAAAAAAAAAAAAAAAUUAAAAAAAAAAUAAAGAAAGAAAGAAAAGAAAAGAGAUUUAAAGAAGAAAAUGGCACACCGAAAAAUUCCAAAUGAAAAACAUAAUUGCUUCAAAACAUUUAUAUAGUUGGAAAGUUAUAUUUAAGUGAAAAUCUAAACCAUCAUGUACAAAUAAAAACUAAGAUGCAUGUUGAAUGCUCUGCAGAGCAGCCUGUAAUUAAAAAUGAUGGGAUAGAUUUAUGUAUCAAGUACUGACACUUGUGUUGUACCCACUGGAAUCAUAUUAGCUGUUGUAUUGUUAUAUGCUUCCAUGAUAACCUGCUUAUUCAGAUCAGUCAAUAUAUUUCAGUAUGGAAGAUCAUAGCUAAUGAAAGUCACUUGCUCAUAUUGUUUAAAGAUUUCUAAAUAUGGCUUAAGGAAAUGUCCAUGAUAACAAUUACCGUAUUUAUUUGCAUAAUUUCCUCUGUCUUUGGGCAGAUGUUUUGCCAGGAAGGUGGGGAAGGAGUCCUGUUGUGUGAUAGCCCCAGUGGGAGGGAGUCAGGGCAGCAGAAGAUUUUUAGCCCAAGGGCUACUUCCCUCCUGUCAGAAGCUGUGUCUUUUAUGGACACAAGUCCUCCUGAGAAUUGUGUAUCUUGUGUCUCUAAAAGAACAAGUGAGCCAGUCGCCUGCUGUGUAAUUUACUCAGUAAAUUCUGUGUGCAUGGCACUGGAUGAGACGUGUGAGGGACAUAAGACAGUGCCCCAAAAGGAGCUAAAAAAAACACUUGGGAGACAGGAGCCACAAUUAACUCACUUAUUUCUCAAGGAUCUUUUUUGUUUCAUUUUCUAUAAUUUUUUUCCUUCCUUCCAUGUAAUUUCCAUGAUGAAUCAACUAAUAUAAACUUGUGGAAGUCAUAAGAAAAAAAUAAUAACUUCCCAGUUUUGUGGAAUGUUCAUUAUCAAUAUCAGUUUUUAAUUGUGUUUACAUGGGUAUAAAAAUCCCCUUCCUUUCCAUACCAUUCAAAUGACUACAAUGAGGUUUCACCCGUGAAGGGGCUAUUGCUAUUUUUCAAUAGCAGUUGAAUUUUGCAGAAAUUUCCUGGUGUAGUAUGUAUGCAAAUUGGAAUGUUGUCUCAGGUUCCAAACUCAAUUUCCAAAAUCCAAGCCAUUCUUUAUUUGGGG